AACAAAUAUGAACAACUCAAGUUUCAACACAUUAUUGGAUCGAUCAAUGUGUUCCCAAAUCGUUUCAACAACGCUCACAGCAGUUAUUUCCUUUGUUAGUAUUUCGGCGUUUGUCGGCAACAUUCUAGUAACAAUAGCUUUUCUUAUGAACGCCACUCUACGAACGUGCCCAAACUACUUCAUCGUCAACAUGGCAGUUUCUGACUUAUUCUCCGCCUUGACCAUCUGGCCGCUGUACGCUACUGAAGGGAUGCUCUCAAGGAAACAGUUGAUCGGCGAACCAAUGGCUACAGUAGUGUGCAAACUAGGACUCUAUUCCAGGGCUGUUUCUCAGGCUGUCUCAACAGUGAGCCUUGUGUGGAUUGUUGUGGAAAGAUUCAUCGCCAUUGCGCAUCCCUUUCAGGUGAAGAGCCUCACAAAACGAUUGCGAGCUGUUUUAUUAACAUUGACGUGGAUUAUUUCACUAUUGCUUGGUAUCCCGUACAUACCCUUUUCAAAAAUCGUUCAUCAGGGUCAACAGAUAUUUUGCAGAUUUUCAUGGGGUGAGGAGGAACUCUCCAUAUUCUUUUCCGUUGGAUUUGUACUCUUCUACUGUGUGCCGCUGACUACAAUAGUUGUACUUUACUGUAAAAUCAUGAAAUGUUUGAAGCGGUCAAGACCGACAGCGGACGAAGUACAGGAAAGAACCACAAUUAGAAAUCGUCAACAGAAUCUGACUGUCAUGAAAGUCUUCAUAUCGAUUGUGACUGUAUUUUUCAUCUGCUGGACUCCACUGUGUGUCUUUCUGCUAUUGAAACUGGCUUUUCCACCAGUGUAUACCAAAGACUCAUGCCUACUAUUUGCAGGAUUGUUUUUCUACAUUUUUCCAUCUUUAGGUACAGCAAUUAAUCCAGUUAUUCUCUUUGCAUCCAGCACAAAUUUUUCCAAGGCACUAAAAGAAAUGUUAAAGUGUUCUACAUCGAACCCUUGCCGCAGAUGUGAGCGAGUCUCGCCACAAACACACGUUAUUGAGCUUACCUGGAAAUAUAGUACACAUUGAAGCGACUGAGACUGAUUUUAUAUGUGCAGUUUAAUGAGAGAUCUUUUACGUUUCUCACUUUUUGACGGACAAGAAAAAUAUUAGAAUCACGUUUUUUAAGUGACCACAAAUCCAAUUGGGCCCGCGAUUCCACCGAUUCAUUUCCCUUUAUUACAUAUUAAUUUGUAACCUUAUUUCGUGGCUAAAAUUGGUGAUACUUCAUAUUUUACACGUUUUGAUCCAGAAGUGUGUCAAUGACAAACAAUUGUCAUAAUCUGCACCUCUUGCAAUUAAGCUUUGGGACUGUAUGCUACGCUUAGCGCAUUUUCUAAUUAGUGCCGUAUUGGUUCUUGCUUUUAACGAUCCUCAUCAAGACGGCCGGAAAGCUUUAAUGCUUCAUUAAAAGUUGCCAAUUGUGUACUUUUAUUGGAACAUUUUUUUUUAAAUUUAAGAGAAGAGGGAAAUUGUGUAGCUGAACUAGUCUGAGACCGUGUUGGGAAAAUAUUGAUCGAGUUAUAUUUUAUUUAACAAAUGGUAAACCC